AUGCUGGUCCUCCUCUCGCAUCUGGCGAGUGGGUCCUUCGUGGAGUGCCAAGUACGUUCUGCACUCGUGUUGGAUAUCAGACUUUCGGAACUCGGCAUGUACGUCAAGCGCCGAUAUGAUGCCCACAAAGCUAUGGAACUUCGGCUGGCCAUAGGGGCUUAUUGUCAACAAGCGAUGAUCAUCGGAGGAAGACCGCUGAGGGCGCGAUGGCCGCGAAUACACGAGUUUUGCCCACCGUUAGUCUUGGACACUUUGAAGACUUGA